AUGGAUCUUAAUUGGCGUUUUCUUAAUCGGAGGUCAAGGGUUUUCCUUGAUUCUAGUACUCUCUCGAGUGUUGGUGCCAUUGGAGCUUGUUAUAGAUCUUUCUGUGACUACGAUCGAAGCUUUUGUGUGUUGGCCCAGCUACUUCAUCUUCAGGUUCUACUGGAAAGGCGCGACCGUGUCUUAGUUCAGCGUUUCAGCUCUAGUGGCGUUGGCUCAUUUUCCUAUUCUAUCGCUAGUUUAGUAUAA